CAAAAGGCGUAACCAACAAGGCAAAUACAUGAAGAGAUAAAUCAGCUGUGGCUCAAUACUAACUCGACUAAACGUGCGUCCUGGUUCCAAUGUGUCGGUUUAGGGGUCAGUCGCACGGUGGCGCUGAACUUUUCCUGCGCGCCUCUUCGCGGCGUCGUGCGUAACGAGGAGACUCUUCCGGGUCCUCGUCGUUGACCAAACGGUGUGAAAGGUCACAGCGCGUGUUUUUUUAUUUUAUUAUUGUUGUCUCGUCUCUUCUUCUAAACUUUCGUUUCGUUGGUCCGUACCGCCAUGGCCUUCUUGACCUUGUUCAUGAGGAGGCAGUUGCCACCGGCCGUGUGCCGGUUCGCCCGCACGCUGAGGCCGGCGCGUCGCCCCGCGGCCCCGCUGAGGAGGCUGCACGGCUCGGGUCGGCUGCGGUUCGGGGAGACGGAUCCGUGGGGGAGGGUCCGCGGGCCGGAGCAGCACCAGCUGUCGGACCUCGACAAGGCGGACGCUUUGAUGCUGAGAAAGUCCCACGAGACAGGAUUCCUCUCGUGGUUCAGGAACGGUCUGCUGGCCACCGGGAUUGGAGUCAUCGCAUUUGUCCAGAGCGAAGUGGGACGCGAAGCGGGAUAUGCCUUCUUCAUCCUGGGCGGCGUGUGCGUGUCCUUCGGCGGGGCCUCGUACGUCGGCAGCCUCUUUGCCUUUCGUCGAAUGAUGCUGCUGUCGGUGCCGGCGCUGCUGCUCCAGAGCGCCGUGGUGGGCAGCGUCGCCCUCUUCUGGCUGUGCGCCGUGUCCCUCUACAUCGGCCGCCUGGAGGUGGAGAUCAUCCACGACGACGGGGGGGACGAGGGGGGGGAUGAGGAGGAGGACGACGGCGAGGGGGAGUGCCGGGAGUGCCGGGAGAGGCGCGACCACCGGGGUUACCGUGGCUCCCACGGCGGCGGACAUCACGGCAGGGAGGACAGUGACAGCAAGGGGCCCAAGAAGUAGACACCUGAGCUGCAAACUGUGUGUGUGUGUGUGUGUGUGUGUGUGUGUGUGUGUCUCUUUGAUUCAGGGCUCCCUAUGUGUGAUUGUGUGUGUGUGUGUGUGUGUGUGUGCUGCGUGACUCCAUAAAGACGCAUUGUUCACUGUUAUGUUGAUGUUAUCGUUAAGGUCAAUGAAGACUUUAAGGCCUUGUUGGAAAACUGCUCAGAAAAUGUUGACAUUUUGGUAGUUGGACUACGUUCCCUUCUGGGGAUAUAAUCAGAUAUAUUCAACACUUGUUCACUUGCGUUGUCAGUGCGCCUGAGGGAGGUAUUGAUUUGUUGCUGGCGUUGCAGGAGCAGUGCAGAGGCUGUGAGAACGUCGUACGUCUGUUCAUAGAAGUUUAGUUUUCAAUGCGAUUAUCGCUCAGCCAACUGUUUGUCCUGUUCGACUUAAUCUACUCUGACUACUUGAAGUUUUUAUACAAUGAAAUACAUUGUUGUGAUAUGCUGUGAGAAUGUUCACACUAUAUGCACGUUUCAGGUAUGUUGUUAUAUCAAUGAGGACUUACAAUGGACAUUAUUAUUUUAUAACAGAUUAUCCUGUUAAUUGUUAAUUUUUUUUUAUUCUUUAUUAUGGGUAACGGCUCUUUUGUCAGUUGUUCAUUAAUCGAUUUUGUAAAGGAAAAAUAGUUUUCGCAGCUUUUGCUGUGGCUUUAUGUACAGUUACCUAAAUGUAACCACACAUCACUUCAGUUUUUGAGUGACUUUCACACUAUCUGGUGUUUCCUAUGAUUGCUGUUUUAUUGGAUGUAAAGAACGUGUCUGAAUCUAUUAUGUUGAAUUUGUGUGAGGGAAUUGGGUUCACUUUUAUACCUCUUAUGUACAAUAACAAUAACGCGAGAAGAAAUCUAUGCUGACACAGGGUCGAAACUUCGGAGUGUCUGUAAUUUGCUUUCACGUUUAAAUCGACCCGGGUUUCCCCACAUGGCCGACAUUCGCCAGGUAGAUCUGAAGGUGAAGAGACGAGCGUCUGCUCGACAAAUAAUCCUCACAUGCUGAACUAGUCUCAUAUUAGCUUUUCUAAAUGUACUUCUGUACGAUUGUACCUCCGGCGCUGCAUGAGGACGCUUCAUUUAAAAGUGUGAUGGAGCCAAAAGAGUUGGGAGUUAUUUAAAUGGCCUGUUGUUUUUUGUCAUUUCAAAUUAGUCAGGGAAUAUUCACAACCGACCUGAAUUAUGACCUGACCCUGAUUAUUUAAAGUUUUAAUUAGAUCGUGCAUUUUCCUGAAUAACUGUGUUUAGUGGAAUGAAACCCAGCUGACACGUACAUCAUUGUAGUAUUCCUGGUUGCUACUUGUAAUCGUUGAUGUCUUGACCUCUCAUUGUAUAAAAAAAAGUUUCCAUUUAUAGCGGAAUGUGUUUGGGUGUUUGGAUUUGGGUGCAAAAACGACAUUAAUAAACUAUUCAGGAGG